AUGCCAGCCCCGCUCGUCGACCCCGUCACCAUCGCCGUCGUCGGUUGCGGCUCGCGCGGCAACGCAUACGCGCAGUACGCGCUCGAUAACCCGGCGAAAUGCCAGGUCGUUGCCAUCGCCGAGCCGCGGCCCAAGACGCGUCGGCUCAUGGCUGAUACUCACCGCGUCGACCCCACCCUCACCUUCACCACCUGGCAAGACCUCCAUGCUGCGUCCGCAGAGACACUCAGAACGAUCGGCAAGCGUCUCGCCGACGCCGUGCUUAUCACCGUCCAGGACCACAUGCACGCCGAGCUCGUCGAGGUCUUUGCCGAGCAAGGAUACCACAUCCUCUGCGAGAAGCCGAUGGCGACGAGCAUCUCGGACUGUAUUAAGAUAGAGGCCGCUGUGAAGAAGGCGGGCAUCAUCUUUGGCAUGGGACAUGUCCUCCGCUACUCGCCUUACAGCAAGGCGAUCACGGAGAUCAUCCGUUCAGGUCAACUCGGCACGCUCGUGAACGCCGUUCACGUCGAGCCGGUCGGCCAUUGGCACUUCGCACACUCGUACGUCCGCGGCAGCUGGGCGCGCGAGGACCAGUCCUCCUUCUCGCUCAUGACCAAAUCCUGCCACGACAUCGACAUCCUCUGCCACUGGUUCGCGGACGACAAGCCCGCCCGCGUCUCGUCCUUCGGCUCCCUAUUCCACUUCCGCAAGUCCGCCAAGCCCGCCGAGGCCGGCGACGCGACGCGCUGCCUCAACUGUGCAUACGAGAGCCAGUGCCCGUACAGCGCCAAAAAGGUAUACAUAGACUCCGUCGCGCGCGGCAACACGGGCUGGCCCGCGUCCGUCACCGUCGACGGCAUCCCCGACAUCGAGAACGUGACGGAGGCGAUCCGCAACGGACCCUACGGCCGGUGCGCGUACGAGUGCGACAACGACGUGUGCGACAACCAGGUCGUCAACAUCGAGUUCGGCUCGGGCGCGACCGCGUCCUUCACGAUGGUCGCCCAGACGUCGCUCAUCUGCGAGCGCCAGACGAGGCUCCACUUCACGCACGGCGAGAUCGUCGGCGACAUGACGUCCUUCACCGUGUCCGACUUCCGCACGCGCCAGACGACGCAGCACCGGCCCCGCGCCGAGGGCGGUCACCAUGGCGGCGGCGACACGGGCCUCAUCCGCGCGUUCGUCGAGGCCGUCCGCACUGGCAGCCAGCACGAGCUCGGCACUCACGUCGGCGAAGUGCUCAACAGCCAUCUCACCGUCUUCGCGGCGGAGGCGAGCAGGCGGGAGGGCCGAGUUGUGAACUGCCAGGAAUUCGAAGCGAAGGCGAGGGAGAGCGUGCAGGCGUAA